AUGGCUUCUUCUUCUGCUUCAUCUGCUUCUUCCAAACGAAAUGUUGAACUCCAAGCUGACCAUCCAUGUAAGUGCGACAUGCCAUAUCGUGUGAAGAUUUCAAGAACACCCGAUAAUCCAGGAAGAAAAUUUCGAGUUUGUCAAAAUUCUUUGGUAAAUAUGUUUUAUUUAUUCAACCCGGAACUGAAUCUUCUUCAUCUUCUUUUCAAUUUUUUUUAUCCUUUCAUGAAGAGUGCAAGAACUCCAAGAUGUAAUUUCUGGGAAUGGUUGGAAGACGACGAGUACCAACAACAGAAGAACAGUGAUUUGGGACAAAUCUACAACAUAACAUUCAAGCUUGGAAAUUUGGAAAACGAAAUUAGUUAUUGCAGGAAGAAGUUGGAAGAAGAGAAUAACUCUAAUUUAGUUUUCAGACAAGAACUGGACAAAGUGAAGUGGAAGUUGUUUACUCAUAAAGCUGCAUUGUUUGUGUUAUUUUUCUUUUAUGUUAAACAUGUAUUUUUUAAAGUUUGA